GGGUUUUUUAAAAAAGAGUGGGCGGCUGCUGGGAGAAGCAGGUGGAAGCCGCUCCGUGUCGCUGCUGCCGCCCUUCAUACCGACACGCAAUCCCACCGGGGGGAGGAAGAAAAACUCCGCGCGCAGACUUUUAUCAGAUAAAGCGAAAAUAUCAACUUCAUUCAUUGACGCCGAUUGUUGACAGACGCCGGGGAAGAGACCAACCCGGUGGCGGAUUUAUUGUCCGGAGUGGGGGGAGGAGAAACAAACGGGGAAGGAGAGAAAACUUCCAGAAGUGCAUGUGGUUUCUGUGAGAGCGAGCCUGACAACCCGGUGAAUCGAGUUUACCAAGUGCCUCUCAUAUUUCACUUGUCUCUCGGCAAGCGAAACGGACUUGUUCGAGGCUGGUUCACGGGAGUGUGAACUCAGUGGGACCACUGACCAUCUUCGGACUUUUAGCUGCGCUUUUAAAUAGUGUUUUUACCCCCCCUCCUCCUGCUCUCUCUUCUGUCAUUCUAACCUGCAGAUAAUACGGAGUUUCUCCUUAAGUCCGCGGCAAUGGGGGAGCAGCCGAUCUACACCACCAGGGCCCAUGUCUUCCAGAUUGAUCCAACCACGAAGAAGAACUGGGUCCCUGCCAGCAAGCAGGCUGUCACAGUCUCCUAUUUUUACGACAGCACACGCAACAGCUACCGCAUUAUCAGCGUGGACGGAUCCAAGGUGAUCAUCAACAGCACAAUCACGCCCAACAUGACAUUCACCAAGACAUCGCAGAAGUUUGGCCAGUGGGCCGACAGCAGAGCCAACACGGUGUUUGGGCUGGGCUUCUCUUCAGAGCAGCAACUGUCCAAAUUUGCUGAAAAGUUCCAGGAAGUAAAAGAUGCCGCCAAGCUAGCCAGGGAUAAAUCUCAAGAGAAGGGGGAAACGUUGAGUAAUCACUCCCAGGAGUCUGGACGGGACACACCCUCAACCAACCAGGCAUCAAGCAUCAACGGAACAGACGAUGAGAAAAUCUCUCAUGUGGGUCCAGAGGCGGCUCUGCUGAAGACGGAGAACGAACGUCUCAAGAGUGCAGUCGAGCAGAGCAACACCAAUGCCAAGAAGUGGGAGACGGAGCUUCAGACUUUAAGAGAAAACAAUGCGAGGCUUGUGGAUGCGCUGCAGGAGUCUUCUGCUAAUGUAGAGAGCUGGAAGAAACAGCUUAGUGCCUGCAAGGAGGAGAGUGACACACUCAGGGAAAAGAUUGCAGAACUGGAAGCUCAGUGUAAUGAAGCCAAUCAGGAGAAGCAGAGGAACGCCCAGCUGAGCGUUCGAGUUCAGGAGCUGGAGGCUGAGCUGCAGGAAAAAGAGCAGGAGCUGGAGAACCUUAGGAAGCAGGCAGAGAUAAUCCCAAAGCUGAUGGGCGAGUGCGAGGCUAUCACCACCAAACUGCAGGCUGCUGAGACUAAGAACAAGGAGCUGGAGGGGAGGAUAGAGGGGCUGCAGCUGGACAUAGACGACAGUCGACAAAAACAAGGCAAUGUGAAGGGCGAGCUGAAGAAGUUCAUGGAUAUCCUGGAUGGAAAGAUAGACGAGCUGCACGAGUUCAGGCAGGGGCUCUCGAAGCUGGGCGCUGAUAACUGAGAAAAACACGGCUGAGCUGAAAGGGUGAGAGGUCAGGUGUGAGGGAUUCACUGCAGUUUGUCUUCAGGGCCCAAACUAUGUGGCGCCCCACUCCCCCAAAGUCAUGCCCACUCUGAAACUUUCAGCUUUGGAAUCCUAUAAACACUUCUAUGUCAAAGAGGGAUGUUGGGAGAAGGGAAUUGUCAUAGUAAAAAAUGGAAGACCAGCGUGCCCCACAAAAUGACUCCAUUUUGUGUGCGGGCAUGAUGAAGGUACACUAAGAGUCACACUUUGAGCUUACUCAUCCAUUUCUGUGGGGGUGGGGGGGGCUGUUUUGAAAGCUGGUGGUGGGUUUUUUAGAUUCUGUCCAUCUGUCUUUUUUCCGAAGGCUGCAGAACCUCUCCACAAACAGUCUGAGCUUAGAGUAGAAGAGGGGACUUAAAAGGGCUAAAAAGAACCACAUACAGACGAUGCUGUUCAGCAUGACUACAGUAAUAAUUGGUGUAAAUCCUUGUGGCCCCCUCCGACAUUUAAAGAUGAAGUCCCUCUACAGACUGUCCUCGUUGUUGCCUCUCGUCUAUCUCAGGUGUGUUGGAAGACAGAUUAUAUGCACAUUAAAGACAACGGCCAUGACACAAAGUGCCUCCAGGCGAGUCUAAAUCUUCCUGGACAGGAAAACUGGCCAAAUGAUGACCAUCCCGCUAACGGUAACUCGCUGGCUUUUGGGAGAUGACCUGCCGAUUAACAUCCUCACCGACAAAACGAACAGAAAAGCCAGACAGCUGCGUCCAUCCUGAGGAUGCGGGAGUGACGGCGGGCGUCUCUCAGAGUGGACGGCAGCAGCAGCUUUUCCCGCGGGCGUUUGCAGUAAACUGUCCCCUUCGAUUACAUUUGCGUUUUCAGAAGGAAAACUCUUGUCUCAGGAACUUUCCUUCUGCAACAUCCAAACUGGUAGUAACCCCAUCUCGCCUGACCGUAGUGUAGUGUUUUAAAGGACUUUGCGUGCAUCGGUAUUGCUGUUCAUUUGUAGAACAAACCUGUGUGUCCACCCGGCUGUUCAUGUGCUUCCUGAACACUCGUUUUUGUUUUGGUGGUGGUUAUAUUUGGAUGUGGGGACAUGGUGCUGCUCAACGGGUAAAUAAUGUGAAAGUGUUCUUCACCAAAAACAUUUAGAUGGAUCGGGCCUUUUCACAAAAAAAAAGUUUUUUUUCUUCUUUUAUCUUUCUUACGUAUAUUUAUUUUGGGUGCCUCUGCAGAUACUUGUUAGACCAAGUUAAUCAACCUUGAUCUACUGUCCAAAUAAAGUUCAUUUAUUCAAACGAUACCAAACCAUCAAGAUUUUAUCAUGCUGAUGUUGCUAGUUAUUGAAUUCAGUUUUGAAUCUUGACACAUUUUUAAUCAAAGUCAGACGAUAAAGUAACAUACUUGCUGUGUAUACUUUGACUUUAUAAGAUUAUUGUUCACAUCAUUGUUUCGGUCAUGUUAUAAGACUGAAAUAUCUAAUGAAGGGAUUUAUUGCUUAUUGUUCUGUUUUUUUCCUGUUUGUAACUCACCUGAAUCCAUAUAACACAUGUGAUUCUUCCUGUUGAACCAAUGCCUCUCGUGCACUUUUGUGAUUCCUCCUCAACAUUGUACAAUAGAGCUGACAAUUGGUAAAAUUUAGUUUAAAUACAAAUGCAAGUGUCUUCUCCUUUUAUUGUUUUUUUCUAACAACUUCACUGUAAGAGCUUGAGAGGGACAAAAUGUUCCAGCUUGGUGCGGGAGUAAAAUGUAAAAAGGAGAGAUUCUGGCAGCACAUUUGUCAGUGUCCUGACUUCUUCCUCAACAAGUAGGUCAGAGUAAGAGGUGGAAAGAACCAAAACAAGUUUGUUCCUCUGUUCAUUUCCAUAAAACUAAAGAUAGUUGGAAUCCUAUCAGACAUAAAUAAGGAUAGAUAUGAUCACAGUCAGAAGCAUGUAUCAGUUUUUAGGAUCAGAACAAAUAUGAGCUUGUUUUAGAACUGAUGGGGAAAAAAACACUUAAAACUCAGAUGUCUUCAUGGCUCUGUUGUGGAGGACGUGUUGCCUUGGCAACUAUAUCCCUCGCACUUUUUUUUUUUCAACAAACGGUAUAAACGAUGGACACUUAAAAGUGGAACUUUGGUACUGCAUUCCAGCAAAUGAAUUGAAUGAAAGACGGACAUCCUUCUCAGUAAUUUCCAUUUACACCUUCAGACCUCUGCGGGUUGACACCCUCAGAAAAUUAUGAUGCAGUUUAGGCUUCAAUUAGCUCCGUUAAGUCAUUUAUUUGUUAAUCAAGCAACAGUUGAUACAAAAUAUCUUUGCUUUAAUUUGUUUGUAAUUAUUUAGAAUAAUCUUGUGGUCAAUGAAGAGUUAAAAGGGGGAACAAAAACGGGUCCUUAUCUCAGAAAAUCCU